ACUAUAUUUAUACAGUAUAUAUAUAUAUCCAAAUGACUUUGGAUCGUUGAAUUCUGCCGUUCGUAAGAGAUAUAAAUUCAUAAUAUCUAUGUAAGACACCUUUAACUUUCUCAAAUUUUCUGUCCCCGCCAGUUCUAUUUGAUUUCAGUUAAGUGAGCGCUGCAGCGGUCUUAGGCCCUGCCCCCAAUUACUCUGAAUUGUAGAGAAGCGUAUCUCAAGCCAUCUUUGGAUGUGUCCCUUUUGGACUUUUGGACUUUUAGCUCAGCACACUUGUUCGCGUACACUAUGCCGGCGCCUUGGCAUUCCAUGUAUUUUCUGUCUGCUAGCAUUUUACAUACCGCUGUUAUGUGCUGGAUUGUUUCUGUGGCAUCUUUGGUCCUGCCUGGUAUAAUAGAUCCCAGCCUCUAUCGAUCUGGUACUCAGAGCCUCCUCCUGUGCUGCUAGGAUUAGCGCCUCUGUGCUGUCUUUCAGUCCAGCUUAGUCCAGCCACUGGUAGGGUUGGUCGAUAUCAGCCACUUCUUCUGUCUGCUCGUGGUACAUACCGCGCAGGGGUUUGUCCUUCCAUGAGGGUUCCUCCUUUUCCUUCCCCUCCUCCUCUGGUUUCUGGUGCUUACCGUAUUCACCAAGCACAACAUCACUUGGAGUAAUUACUGGACGUAAGCACAAAUCUUCGCCUAUGGUCAGAUGUCUCAGAUCUACGGUAGCUCCCUAGCUGGCAUGAGGACUUUUCUACAGUUAUUGGUUCAUUGAGACACUAAGUGGUGAAAUUAGGAAACUGUUAACCAUGUAAAAACGACCAUGCCACCUCUGUGGGAUGCAAUCUGCAAUCUGUAUGUCAGCAGAGUAUAUCAAGUUUCCAUACAAUGGUUAAUGAGGGCAACAUUAUAGUGCAGUUUGCAGCGAGAGCCCGUUUACUUAAUGUAAUUGAACCCUUCAACUGGACACAUCGCUAUAAAAGCACCGUCACAGGAUGAAACAUGAGUCAACAGGAAACAUUUUUAUUUCAUCAAUGUACAAAUUAUCUGUGAUGCCCAGAUGCAGCUACAGUCAGUGACGCUGUGGUGCGAUGCCUGGUUUAACGAUAAUCCAUUCAUUUUAACGAACAGUGUGGUUGGGAUUAGAUUUGAAGCUGGUACUAGAUUGGUGGCUUCUUGGUCAGUAAAUAAUUUAGUGACCCUAAUAUUAAUUCUUGUUGCGCAGAACCUGUGUGCCCCCAAAUAUCAUCCUGUCUUCAGCAUAAACACUAGUCGGUGGAUUAUUAAUGUAGAGGCUUCCUGUUAGUUGCUGAACAUGCAUAGAUUCGUACUUAGUAGCAAUUGAUACAGUACUGCACAUAUCUACUUACGCAGUUUUGUGCAUUUGAAAUUAUGCCAAGUUUUGUAGGGAAUCUUUGCAUUUAGAAUCUUUACAUGAAGCCCAUGCUUUGAGCCUUUGCUUAUCAGUCUCCAAUGCCUUUUUUUGAACUUCUUAAGUGAUAUUUCUUUGACAUGUCUUUUUGCAAUUCUGAUAGUUGGCUAACUUAUUUCCGUGUUGCCUUGAUCUUAGCAUCCAAUUGUCAGACUUGGGCAGGUGUCGGACCCACAUGCACAGUACAUAGGAGUAUUGAGGAGUGAAUCGGGGUUUAUUGCACAAACGUUGUCAAUUAAUCCAGGUCAUACACAGAAUGGCUCAGUAUUUAGGUACAGGCAAGUAACAGGCAAGAUCAGGUCCAGGAGGCAGGUGUCACAAUCUGAGGUUUUGUUUCUUGUUGUGUCCCGUUUUAGCACAGUAGUUCCUGUUUUAUUUUGGUAAUCUCCCGGUCUCUGUUUUUGGUUCUAGCUUCACCUUCCGGUUUACGUUACAUCACAGCUGUUCCUGCUUCACCCGGUCAUUGUACACACCUGCAGUUCAUCAGUCAUCACUCACUUUGUAUUUAAGCACCACCUCUAAGCCCAGCACCUUGCCAGAUUGUUUGUUCAUUCACCCGUUCAACUUUCCAGCAUUCUUACCUUUACCUUGCCGUGCCUUUUGAUCCUGUUUUGUUCCUGACCACGUCUCCAGCCCAGCCUGUGAUAAUCCCGUCUGCCUGUGUGAGUCUGACCAUUGCCUGUUUUUGACAUCCGCUUGCCUUAUCCUCGUCUGUGCUGCUACCGAUGAUCUACCUGUGUACCGACCCUUGCCUGCCUGACCACGAGCUCGAAUAAACCCUGUUGUGCACUGAGCCUUGUCUCCGCUGUGCGUGUGGGUCCGCUACCUUGAGUCCGUGACAGUACAAUCUGGCCACACUCGGACCCAGCCGGCGUCUUGCAUCGGAUUUUUUGUUAUUGUGUACUCGGACAACGCAGAGUCGCUAUGGUGUUUACCUGCUCGAGGCUGCCGGAGGACCUCCGCUGGUGCUUCGGGGAGCUCGCGAGGAAUUACGCGGAAGCCCCCAGUCUGAAGGCGCGGCUCCGCGUAAUAAAACAGGCGAUCGCUAUCCUGGAGGAGGAAUUUUGGUGGCUUGACUACCCGGGAGUGCAGACACUUUUUGAGAAACUCCAGGCAGUACGGAGGGAUUUGGCACGCGCUCUGCGCGCGGCGCCCGCCGGCGUCUCAUCAGCUGUUCCGGCUGCACCGGAAAGCGCUCCUGUCGCUGCUCCGUCGAGUCAAGCUCACGUUCCUGUCGCUGCUCAGUCAAGCCAAGCUCACGUUCCUGUCGCUGCUCCGUCGAGUCAAGCUCACGUUCCUGUCGUCGUCCAGUCCAGCCAAGCUCACGUUCCCGUCGUCGUCCAGUCCAGCCAAGCUCACGUUCCUGUCGUCGUCCAGUCCAGCCAAGCUCACGUUCCCGUCGUCGUCCAGUCCAGCCAAGCUCACGUUCCCGUCGUCGUCCAGUCCAGCCAAGCUCACGUUCCUGUCGUCGUCCAGUCCAGCCAAGCUCACGUUCCCGUCGUCGUCCAGUCCAGCCAAGCUCACGUUCCUGUCGUCGUCCAGUCCAGCCAAGCUCACGUUCCUGUCGCUGCUCAGUCUAGUCAAGCUCACGUUCCUGUCGCUGCUCAGUCUAGUCAAGCUCACGUUCCUGUCGCUGCUCAGUCCAGCCAAGCCCAUGCCCACGUUACCGCCAUGGUUCCCCAGCCCAAUCCCGUCCGUGCCGUGGAUCCAGCCCCUGCCUCAGCCCUGGCGGUUGAGGAGGUGAAGCCCACAGCUAGUCGCCGGAGGCCCAGACGGCGUCGACGACAGCCGGAUUCCCCUGUCCAGGCUCCAGAAGACUCGGUCACGGAAAUCAGACUGCCUCCUUCGCCAGCAGAGGGCACUCUCGCCCCAUCAUACGACAUGCCCAUCUCCAUCGCAGGCAUCCCAGACAGCAUCUUCCUGCGGAUCCGUGCCCAAUGCGCCCCUCCGGUCCUGUUCCUGUUUGCACACUGGCUGAACUCCGCUGAGGCAGAGACCGACCCGGUAAGCAAGGAGCGUCACUUCCGUGAAGCCGCCCUGCUCAUCGCCCGGAAGCCUGCGCUGCGCGAGGCCCUGGGUUUCAUUGAACCCCCAUCAGAGCCUGCACCCGUUCCUGCAUCAGAGCCUGCACCCGUUCCUGCAUCAGAGCCUGCACCCGUUCCUGCAUCAGAGCCUGCACCCGUUCCUGCAUCAGACCCUGCACUGGCCCCAGCGUCUAAGUCUGCACCCGUUCCUGCAUCAGACCCUGCACUGGCCCCAGCGUCUAAGUCUGCAUCACAGCCUGCACUGGCCCCAGCGUCUAAGUCUGCAUCACAGCCUGCACUGGCCCCAGCGUCUAAGUCUGCAUCACAGCCUGCACUGGCCCCAGCGUCUAAGUCUGCAUCACAGCCUGCACUGGCCCCAGCGUCUAAGUCUGCAUCACAGCCCGCACUGGCCCCAGCGUCUAAGUCUGCACCACUGGCCCCAGCGUCUCUGGCUGCACCACUGGCCCCAGCGUCUCUGGCUGCACCACUGGCCCCAGCGUCUCUGGCUGCACCACUGGCCCCAGCGUCUCUGGCUGCACCACUGGCCCCAGCAACUCCCGCCCUGGCCUCACCUCAGCCAUGCCAAGCUCCAGCUCACGCCUCACCUCAGCCAUGCCAAGCUCCAGCUCAAGCCUCAGUUCAGUCACGUCAAGUGCAAGCCCCAGCUCCAGCUCAAGCCUCAGUUCAGUCACGUCAAGUGCAAGCCCCAGCUCCAGCUCAAGCCUCAGUUCAGUCACGUCAAGUGCAAGCCCCAGCUCCAGCUCAAGCCUCAGUUCAGUCACAUCAAGUGCAAGUCCCAGCUCCUGUCGGCUCCUCAGAGGAGGACGCCGUUCUAGUUCCUGUCGGCCAAGUUGAGGCCGUUCUAGUCCCAGUUCCUGUCGGCUCCUCAGAGGAGGACGCCGUUCUAGUUCCUGUCGGCUCCUCAGAGGAGGACGCCGUUCUAGUUCCUGUCGGCCAAGUUGAGGCCGUUCUAGUCCCAGUUCCUGUCGGCUCCUCAGAGGAGGACGCCGUUCUAGUUCCUGUCGGCUCCUCAGAGGAGGACGCAGUUCUAGUUCCUGUCGGCCAAGUUGAGGCCGUUCUAGUCCCAGUUCCUGUCGGCUCCUCAGAGGAGGACGCCGUUCUAGUUCCUGUCGGCCAAGUAGAGGUCGUUCUAGUCCCAGCUCCUGUCGGCUCCUCUGAGGAGGACGCCGUUCUAGUUCCUGCCACUGUCGGCCCCUCGGAGGCCGCAGCCCCCGACGAUCCCCAGGAGGGGGUCGUUCCGGCCGCAGCGUCUGCCGCAGCGUCUGUUGCAGCCCCUACCGACCUCCCGGAGGAGGUCGGCCCAGCUCCGUCUCCUGCCGACCUCCCGGAGGAGGUCGGCCCAGCUCCGUCUCCUGCCGACCUCCCGGAGGAGGUCGGUCCAGCUCCGCCUCCUGCCGACCCCCCGGAGGUGGUCGGCCCGCUCCUGGUCCCUGUGGUUUUUGUGCCAAUGUGUGCAGGUGCAGUUCCUGGUGGUCCGGUCCCGGACACGCUCGUCGCAGCCCCUGGGGGUCCGGUCCCGGCCACGCUCGUUUCAGCUCCUGGUGGUCCGGCCCCGGACCCGUUCGCCUCAGCUCCUGGUGGUCCGGCCCCGGACCCGUUCGCCUCAGCUCCUGGUGGUCCGGCCCCGGACACGUUCGCCUCAGCUCCUGGUGGUCCGGCCCCGGACACGUUCGCCUCAGCUCCUGGUGGUCCGGCCCCGGACACGUUCGCCUCAGCUCCUGGUGGUCCGGCCCCGGACCCGUUCGCCUCAGCCCCUGGUGGUCCGGCCCCGGACCCGUUCGCCUCAGCUCCUGGUGGUCCGGCCCCGGACCCGUUCGCCUCAGCUCCUGGUGGUCCGGCCCCGGACACGUUCGCCUCAGCUCCUGGUGGUCCGGCCCCGGACACGUUCGCCUCAGCUCCUGGUGGUCCGGCCCCGGACACGUUCGCCUCAGCUCCUGGUGGUCCGGCCCCGGACACGUUCGUCUCCGCUCCUGGAGGCCCGGGGCCGGCUACGUCUGCAUCGGUUCCUGGUGGCCCGGCUCCGGCCACGUCUCCACGUCUGUUCCCGGCUUCGUCUCCACGUCUGUUUUCGCCCCUGGUUCCUGCCUCGUCUCCACGUCUGUCUUCGCCCCUGGUUCCUGCCUCGUCUCCACGUCUGUCUUCGCCUCUGGUUCCUGCCUCGUCUCCACGUCUGUCUUCGCCUCUGGUUCCUGCCUCGUCUCCACGUCUGUCUUCGCCUCUGGUUCCUGCCUCGUCUCCACGUCUGUCUUCGCCUCUGGUUCCUGCCUCGUCUUUGUCUCGGCUGCCGGACUGGUGGUCUCGCCCUCGGCGCCUCCUGCUGCCUGGAUGGCGCUGCCUCCUGCGGCGUCGUCCGCCUCGACCCCUCAAUCUUCAGGAUCGGCGUCCGCCUGGAGGACAUCGCCGUUCGGGGUGGUCCCCGUGGACGCUGGCCCAGCUCAAGGUCACUAGGCGUGCCACCCUGCCUCAGCGGCGGCUGAGCAGGAUCUCGCCUCGUCUCCACCCGCCGUGAGGGGAUUCCUGGACUCUGAGUUUUCCUGGUCAUGGACUUUGUUCUGGUCUCAUGGACAUUCAUGUUGUCUUCUUGAUUAUGGGACUCGUUCUUGUUUUGUUUUUCGGGGGGGUCCUCUGGUCUGUCGUGUUCGGGCGUGUGUUUUGUUGUGUUGGGGGUUUCUGUUUUUGCCCUCCCCCAGUGCCGCCCUCCGCCCGCCCUGUCGUUGUUCCGUGCGGGUUGUUUUUUGUUCUGGCCCUCCGCCGGUCCUCCCUCCGCCCGCCCUGCUCGGGGGUUUUUUUGCCUUUGGUCGUCUGGAAUCCGCCCUUGGGAGGGGGGUACUGUCACAAUCUGAGGUUUUGUUUCUUGUUGUGUCCCGUUUUAGCACAGUAGUUCCUGUUUUAUUUUGGUAAUCUCCCGGUCUCUGUUUUUGGUUCUAGCUUCACCUUCCGGUUUACGUUACAUCACAGCUGUUCCUGCUUCACCCGGUCAUUGUACACACCUGCAGUUCAUCAGUCAUCACUCACUUUGUAUUUAAGCACCACCUCUAAGCCCAGCACCUUGCCAGAUUGUUUGUUCAUUCACCCGUUCAACUUUCCAGCAUUCUUACCUUUACCUUGCCGUGCCUUUUGAUCCUGUUUUGUUCCUGACCACGUCUCCAGCCCAGCCUGUGAUAAUCCCGUCUGCCUGUGUGAGUCUGACCAUUGCCUGUUUUUGACAUCCGCUUGCCUUAUCCUCGUCUGUGCUGCUACCGAUGAUCUACCUGUGUACCGACCCUUGCCUGCCUGACCACAAGCUCGAAUAAACCCUGUUGUGCACUGAGCCUUGUCUCCGCUGUGCGUGUGGGUCCGCUACCUUGAGUCCGUGACAGCAGGCAAUGGUUCGAUACACGGAGAAGCUCAGCGACGGUACAGGUAAGGACUAGACAACUCACUGGUCAGACGGUCGUGCAAAGGUCAAUAUCCAAGCGAUGGUACAGGAACAGGUCAGGUUCGGUGAAUCGGUGGUCAGAGACAAGCAGGAUCAACAACAUGAGACAAUCACUAGAACGCUGGAUAGUAGUACAAAGACUCGACAAUCGGGCGUCUGACUGAGGGCUGAGGUGGUGCUUAAGUACAGAGUCUGAUUGCUAGAUUAUUGUCAGGUGUGCAUAGUGAACCGGGAUGUGAGCAGCUGCGACGAGAGUAAGACAGGAAAUGAGUUUGUUUUAACACCACUGUGUGGACGGAGCUCUGUAACUCACAUGGGGAGGACACAAACGCCAUCACAGACUGUAUUACAGACGAUAUUAACUUUUGCUGUGAAAACACCAUACCCUCCAAGGUGGUACAGUGUUUCGCCAAUAAUAAGCCGUGGGUCACCUUUGAUGUUAAAGAAGAGAGAGUUAGAUCAGAGGACAGGGAGGAGCUGAAGGAGCUGAGGAGAAAAAUACAUAACGAGAAGGCCAGCUACAGGAGAAAGAUGAAGGAGCAGCUGCAGCAGAACAACGUUAGUGAGGUUUGACCAAGCAUUCACUCACACACCCCAGCAGCUGCAUCCAAACCUUUUGAGACCUUACAACACUGGACCACCCCCCACAGCCCUUCACACCUCUACACAAAAGUCCAGCACCAUCAGCCCAGCAGACCUACGACUCAUCCUAGCAACACUCCUCCACUUCACACCAUUCUGACACUGAGUCACUCCCUGAGUCACCAGUUUCCUUCUCUAGCACCCAAGUGAGAAAAGAGCUCAGAAAAAUCAAGGCCAGAAAAGCAGCCGGACCAGAUGGCAUCAGCUCUAGACCUGGCAGAGUAGAGGGUGCUGUCAUCUUCCUCCCACACUGAGCUCUUUCUCACCUGGAGAAGCCUGGCCACACUGUGAGGAUCACAAUUUUUUUUUAUUUCUCCAGUGCCUUCAACACCAUCCAGCCGGUGCUUCUGAAAGACAAACUGGAGGAGGCUGGUGUGGACCUCUGUGAGAUGGAGGUCCACACCAGCCACAGUUUGUGAGAGCCAGGGACUGUGUGUCUGACACUCUCAUCUGCAGUGUGGGGACCCCACAGAGGACUGUACUGGCCCAUUUCCUCUUCACCUUCUAUACCGUACGUCAGACUUCAGACACAACACGGACAGCUGUGUUCUGCAGAAAUUUUCCGACAUCUGUGCGAUGGUCAGCAUGAUCACCAAUGAUGACAAUGCAGAGUACAGAGGACUGAUUCAGGACUUUGUGAACUGGUACCAGUGGAACUACCUCCUGAUCAAUGCAGGGAUUUUGAAGUGACGGGGCCAUUCCUGAAGACUCUGUGGCAUCAGCCAUCCUGUACGGUGUGGUCUGCUGGAAAAGCAGCAUCACAGUGAGGCACAGGAAGAGACUGGAAAGGGUCAUCAAGAAGUCCAGCUCUGUCCUGGGCUACUUUUUUUUUACUUUUUUAAUUGUAAAUAAUCUUUACUCUGCUCUUGUUCUGUACUGCUGCUGUAACAUGGAAAUUUCUCCAUUGUGAGACUCUCUCUGGUAUUUUACUGAAUACUACUGAACACAAUGGCAUCAGUUUCAUGACAGUUGAAGGUUCUUGUACAUCUGACUCAGAAUGAGUCUCGGAAUGAAAUCCCUUUCCAUCCCUAAUCAGUCCGCAUACAAGGUUCACGGCUGUUAUCUCCCUGUGCUGGUGGAGAGCCUUGGAAAGAAGUGUUGGAGCAGAAUUAAACAUGUGUCUUCCUCAA